UCCUCCUCCUCGUCUCUCUCUCUCCUGCAACAUUUCCUCUCGUUGGCCGCCGCCGAUCCCAAGACUUCAUUGCUUCCGCCGCCGAUUACACUCUCUCCCUUCACUCCCGGCGGUCUCCUAUCCUCAAACGAGCGGCCCUGCUCUGCCCACAGCUCAGUUGAAGUGAGUGAGGUGACAAAUUCUUAUUUUAGGAUUUGGUAAUCCGUACAUUUCUCUGCCUUAGUCAGUGACUUGACUGAUCUGCAAUCAGUUUGCCUGAGAGAGAAAUUAUCAAUUUUGAUUUUAAUUUAGUGUACGAGGGGCAAUUUCUUAUCAAAGAUGCGGAUGAACUUAGUAUAGGAACGCCAUUGAUCUGCUCUUUGAAGCUCAUGAACUGCAAGAGAGUAUGUUUAUCAUGCGGAAAUCGAUUUUUCUCGUCCUCGACGGUGAUCUCAUCUCCCCUUCCAUGGAUUUCCCCUCUUCAAGUUCCCACUGCCGCCUAUCAGAACCUGGAUCCCCCGAUCGGAGACUCGAGCGCAGUCUUGAAAACUCGGAGGAAAUCCAAGUUCAUAUCUCACGACUCCGCCAUAGACCUGAUCAAACGCGAGAAGGACCCGCAGCGUGCAUUGGAGCUAUUCAAUUGGGCGUCGGAGCAAAAGGGUUUUGAUCACAACAAUGCCACUUAUGCGACUAUAAUCCACAAACUCGCCCGCUGUAAGAAGUUUGGGGCUGUGGAUGCGCUUCUUCGUCAGAUGGCAUAUGAGACUUGCAAGUUCCAUGAGGGUAUCUUCGUGAAUCUCAUGAAGCAUUUCUCCAAGUCCCGGAUGCACCGGAGGGUCCUCGAUAUGUUCUGCUUGAUCCAGGCUAUCACUCGUGAGAAGCCCUCUCUUAAUGCCAUGAGCACUUGCCUGAAUCUGCUGGUUGAGUCGGGCCAAAUUGACCUUGCUAGAGAGCUCCUCUUGCACUUGAAGACAGUUCUCCGCUUGAAUCCUAAUACAUGUAUCUUUAACAUAUUGGUCAAGUAUCACUGCAAGAGUGGGGACCCUGAGUUGGGUCUCGAAGUUGCCGAGGAGAUGAAGAAGUCCAAGCGCUCUUACCCUAAUUUGAUUACCUACUCAACUUUGAUGGAUGGUUUAUGCAGAAGCGGGAGGCUUGAGGAAGCUGUUGAACUGUUUGAGGAGAUGGUGUCGAAGGACCAGAUAUUGCCCGAUGCCCUAACGUACAACGUGCUUAUUAACGGUUUCUGCCUCAAAGGGAAGGUUGAUCGAGCAAGGAAGAUACUGGAGUUCAUGAAGUCUAAUGGGUGCAUCCCCAAUGUGUAUAACUACUCGACGUUAAUGAUUGGGCUAUGUGAGGGAGGGAGGUUGCAAGAAGCAAAGGAUGUGUUAGAAGAGAUGAAAGGCUUGGGGAUGAAGCCCGAUGCAGUCAUCUACACCACUCUUAUUAAUUCGUUAUGCAAAGAAAGGAGAGUGGACGAGGCGAUCGAGUUGCUCGCUGAGAUGAAAGAAUUGGGAUGCCAACCUGACAUUGUCACUUUCAACGUGUUGCUCAGGGGAAUGUGUGGCGAAGGAAGAUUUGAGGAAGCUCUUAGGAUGCUUGACAGCCUUCUGUCUGGGGAAGGCGCGAGCCCCAACAAGGGUACCUAUAGGAUCGUACUGAAUGCUCUGUGCCGAGAACGGGAGCUCGAGAAGGCGAUAGAGCUGUUAGGUCUGAUGCUUCAUAAGGGCAUCAUUCCCCAUUAUGAGACCUCGAAUGAAUUGGUUGCUCUGCUGUGUGAGGAUGGCAUGGGCGGGGACGCCAUCACAGUCUUACCUGGGCUGGUGGAGAUGGGAUUUGUGCCAAAACCCGAAUCGUGGGCUGCUCUAGUCAGAGUGAUCUGCAGAGAGAGGAAGCUGUUGGAGAUGUUCGAAUUCAUGGAAGAUCUAAUCGGAAUGGAAGACACAUGGGAUGCUCCCUUCGUUCUACCCAAUACAUGAAGUGAGUACUUUGAGUUCUCGCAAUUUUGGCAGAGGAGCGCAACCAUAAUGUACAUUAUUAAUCAUGUAACGAUAAAUGUUUGUAGCAUCGCUCGGUUAAUAAAAUGUCGUUUCUACUUCAGCUGUUCCAUUUUGACCAAA